UCCAGCCGACGAAUUUUCGAUUAUUUUAUUUAUUCAUUGCUGAGUGGCUUGCUACUUAAUCACAAAAUAUUCUUCUGGUGCACUUUCCACAGUAAAGGAAAUUCAGGUUUCGGUUCACUGCUUUCCGUUCCCCUCUCAGCGUAGCUUUAGGUAAAAGAGAUCCCAACAGCAGCUUAACGCAGUCGUUCGCUUGGAAAUGUAAUGGAUUUUUAUCGCUGAGAGUAAGAACUUGGUGCAGCAGUUGGACUAUCUAAAGCUAUUUCACAGAUAGUUCGAAAAGAGUUAAGUCAUCAUAAACAAUUUGCUGUAUUGUCGAGUCUCCAAUUUCUUAGGUUGGUGACUGCUUGUGCAAGCCAUGAUCUAACUGGCCAGAGCACGAGCUCGUGAAGCGGCUUUUGUGAAUUCAGCAGUCAUCAAGGAAAUACUCAGAGAAAUAAAUAUCUUUGGUGGAAUCGUUUAACAGUGCUUCGUCAAUUAAAUUUUAUGGUACUGCUGGAUGUUAAUUGACCGAUCACAUGAUUAAGGAUUUUUCAAACUGAAUCUCCUGGUUGGUGAAAGCGUUCAUUAUUGCAUUCAAGGAUGGAUAGUCUCCGAAAGAACUCAAUACCGCGGCCAGCAGAAAAUGCAGAUCCACGAAUACCGAUGGCUUGGAGGCAUCGCGAAAUGACUUUCAACAAUCCUUAUGCUAGAAGAGCAUCUUCUCCAUCUGUGACAUCAUCAUCAUCAGAUGAUAGAGAAGAGGUACCAAUUGUGAGACAGCAUUACAGACCUCUGAGCCGCCACAGCAACAUGGAAAGACAUGAUGACCGUCUUGAUCACUAUGCUACUAUACGCAAUGAACGAUUAGAGCAUUUUAAUUCCGCAAGAAGUGAAAGAAUGGACUCUUAUUCUCAUCGUAAUGCAACACCUGUUGAUAAUUACUUCCAUGGGCCUUAUCGAAAUUCAGCUAAUGGUUCAUCUGGCACAUUGCGAUCAACAAGAAGUGUUCCAGCUUUAGCCUUUGCAGCUGCAAUGGAGAAUCAAGAUCCUUGUCCAAUACACGGAGGAAACCAUGGUCCAUUGCGAAGACAUGGUUCUUUAUUUGAUAUCCGCGCUCCACCUGUAGGUGGACCACUAAGUCUAAGUGGUCUGGACAAGAAGAACUUCCAUGGUUCUAAACAUUCCCUACUUAACGGUCUUCCUCCACCACACUUCCAAUUUCACCCAGAUAUGCCACAAUAUCUUCCACCACAUAUGAUAAAUCCAAUGAUGCGUCCCCCGCAUCACUUGGGAAUGCCGGUACUUAUGGAACCAAUACCAAUGCGAGACCCAUUUAACAAAACCAUGACAUUUCAUCGCAACGGUGCAAAUGCAUAUCCAACAAAGGAACCGGUUGAUCCAUAUAGUGUUGAGCAAGUUUGCUGUAAAGGUCAUUUAAUUGUUUUAUGGAUAAUCUUAGGUGUUGUUACUGUUGGUGUUAUUCUCGGCAUAAUCAUGGGAGUCACGAUAACUUAGAAAUCAUAUGAAAAAAGAGUAUGAAAUACUCGAAGUAAAUGAAGAAAUACUGGAAAUUAUCAGUAUUUUAAAAAUAAAAGGAACUAAAUAAGGAGAACAUUAUGAGAUGCUACAAAAAUACUGAAAAAAAAAAAAAAAAAAAAAAGGCUAUGCGCACUGUGAUCUAAAAAGUACUGUUUUAAAAUAUAGGCUUCUGCUACAACUUUUAAAAAAGCCUUUGUGAAACAAAGAUGUUAUUUAUCAGGUUAAUCAAGUAUAAAAAAUAAGCAUAUAUCAGAUGUAAACUAUGAAAUAAUAGAAAACAAACAAUACAUAAAGAAUGCACUUUAAAAAACUGCAAGAGAAUAAAAUAUAAAACAGAAGCUAGGACAAUUUUUAAUGCAUUUUCAUACAUAAGACUGCUUGUAUGUAACAAUAAUUCGAUCUAACAUCUGGAAACACAGGUCCAUUAUAAUGGUUUGUAAAUGUUGGUAUAAGGCUUUAGAAAUAAAUUAUUGGUUUGCAGUUAUGUAA